CUGUUUACAGUGAAAAACUUAACCUCCAACUUAUGGAGUAUAACCUCAAAAUUUGUUUACAAUAAAUAAACUAUCAAUGUGGAUAAAAUUUUGAAUUACUGCGAAUUGUUAAAGCAAAUAUUAAUUUAUAAAAAUGAAAUUGUACUGUCUUUCAAGUGAACCCACUAAACCAUGUCUCGUCCUAACAUUCAAAGGAAUAACUUUAAUGUUAGACUGCAGUUUAAAUAUGCAAACAAUUUUAAAUUUCAUGCCAAUACCAUUAGUACCAAGUGCCAAAUGUAAUUCUCUCCCAAACUGGUUGCCCAGAGAUAAUCAUCAUCAUUACCAAGAUUGGAAAAUUGAAGGAGAACUAAAAGAAUGUUGUGGAAGAGUAUUCGUAGAUUCAAUCCCCGAAUUUUCUCCACCUCUAGAAAAAAUUGUAGAUUUUUCAGAAGUUGAUGUAAUUCUUAUCUCCAAUUACACAUGUAUGCUUGCUUUGCCUUUUGUAACCGAAGGAACAGGAUUCAAAGGAAUUGUUUAUGCAACAGAACCUACAUUACAAAUUGGAAGAUUUUUUAUGGAAGAAUUAGUACAAUAUAUUGAACAAACACCAAGAACAACGUUAGCCAAACAUUGGAAAGAAAUGUUACAUGUUCUACCAUCACCACUAGCUGAUGCUUUAAAACCAAAAUCAUGGAAACAAUUGUACUCAUUGGCUUCUGUAAAUGCAGCUUUAGCAAAUAUUCAGCUCGUUGGUUAUGACCAAAAAAUCGAUAUUUAUGGAGCACUCACAGUGAUUCCUAUUAGCUCAGGAUACUGUUUGGGAAGUAGUAAUUGGUUAAUAUCAUGCGACCAUGAAAAAGUAGCAUACGUUAGUGGUUCAUCAACCUUAACAACGCACCCUCGUCCUAUGGAGCAGACAACUCUAAAGCACGUUGACGUCUUAAUUUUAACCGGUUUAACACAAACUCCAACAGCAAAUCCUGAUACGAUGCUGGGAGAAUUAUGUAUGACAGCUGCAUUGACUGUCCGAAAUGGUGGUUGUGUUUUAAUUCCUUGCUAUCCUUCUGGAGUUGUUUAUGAUCUUUUUGAAUGCCUGAGCACUCAUCUAGACAAGUCAGGUCUUUCUCAAAUUCCUUUAUUUUUUAUUUCUCCUGUCGCCGAAUCUUCUUUAGCCUAUUCAAAUAUUUUGGCUGAAUGGCUAUCAACAAGCAAACAAAACAAAGUUUAUCUUCCCGAAGAACCAUUCCCUCAUGCUUUCUUAGUAAAAAAUGCAAGAUUAAAACACUUUACAUCAACGUGGGCUGGAGGUUUUAGUACAGAAUUCAGACAACCUUGUGUGGUUUUUUGUGGACAUCCAAGCUUGAGGUUUGGAGAUGCUGUACAUUUUGUACAGUUGUGGGGAAAUAAUCCUCAGCAUACUAUUAUUUUUACUGAACCAGAUUUUCCAUAUUUAGAAGCUCUGGCUCCAUUUCAACCAUUAGCAAUGAAAGCUGUUCAUUAUCCUAUUGAUACUUCAUUGAACUUCACUCAAGCUAAUAAACUUAUCCGAGAUCUGAAACCUGAUAAUCUAGUUAUUCCUGAAGGUUAUAUGUCUCCACCAUUUACAGCUCCUCAUCGACUAGAUUUGAUUAUUGAACCAGUUGGAGAUAAACCACUGAUUACUUUCAGACGUGGAGAAGUAAUCAAGUUGCCUUUGAAGAGGAAGAAGAGUCGCGUUUUUAUCGAACCUAAUUUAGCUAGUAAUAUUGUAUUGAAUGAAGUAAGACCAGGACUAAGUUUAGCUUCUAUUACUGGAGAGCUUGAAAUUAAAGAUAAUGUCUAUACAAUUAAAAGUAUCAAUGAUGCUAAUCAAUCAGCACGAGCUAAUCUUAAGAGAAAAAAUAAACAAGAUAAUGCUUCUCUGGAUAAAGAUGAUAUCCUUACGGAACAUAAAUAUGAGUAUGGAACCAUUGAUGCGCAAGAUUUGAUUCAUAAAUUACAUCAAGCUGGUAUUCAUAAUGCUAAACUACAGCAAAGUACAGCUACCUCAGCUAAUAUACAUUUGCAAGAUGAAGAUACGCUUAUCCAAAUAUCAGAAAAUUCAACUCACAUAUUCUGCAAUGGCAAUCAAAGUUUACGAAAGAAACUAAGGUCAAUUGUGAUGCAAUGUUUAAAACAUUAUUAAAUAAAUAAAACAGUAUUUUUAUCUAACUACGAGUUAAUAUUAUUUAUAAUAAAGAACUAGAUAUGUUCAAAGUAAUAAAUAUAUUUCAAUUAAAACAAUCAAUGAUUUUCUCAA